UGGACCGUAAAUCCACUAAUCCAACAGACUUCCGCAUUAACCGGCAGACAUUUGACUUGCGGAAGUUCCUCCUUCGUAAACCAAAACAUUUCCACCUAUGUGACACUGAUGUUGACAUUUACCUACGGGAUUAUUUGUUUUCGUAGAGGCUUGUUUGAAAGCAGUAGCUAACAACAAUAACUUCACGAUUAAUGUCCUCUCCUGGACGAACUAUUUUUGUUGCUCAAGACAUUUUUGUUGUUUGCGCUCUGUCAGCACAAACAUGGCUAAUGGGACAGGGUGAGGCAGGAUUAUGGAGGAUAUUAUUUGUGUCAGCUCCGGCAGCGAAGACGACUCUGAUCUAGAGGUCUUAAGCAGUUAUAAUGAAGAGAAAGAAGAUGCAGUUCCGUUCAUUCGAGCACAAUGGCUGCCAGUCACACCUGUCCUCAUCGAUAUCACAGGUCACAACUUCACCUUUCCAUGGCGAAGGUGCUCAAGAAAAGAUACAUGCUCCUCCCUAGAAGUUAUAGAUCUGAGUGAAGAUGAUCCUCCUGAUGAUAUUGAUGUACAGAAACCAUCUCAGACUUUGCCGUCAGUAGAAAGCAGAGACAUGAAAGUGCAUGUAACACCAGCAUCUUUUGGAAAAGCUCAAGAAUCACAAUCUCAAACCAGCGUUGGCAAAGAUGUGGCUAAUUCAGGGUGUUUUGUAGGAAGCAGUGUGCAGUCUGUGGCCUCGAAGUCACUCAGUCAGGAGAACACUCUCACAGACGUGCUCCAAAGAACAGAAGAUUAUUCGCAUCAGGACACAAAUUGUAAUUCAAGCUUGCCAUCUGAGCAGCUGAGCUGGGAUAAGUCUUUGGAGCAUUGCAGGUCCAAUGAUAAAAGUGAAAAUCUGUUUAAAUAUGAAUCUGAAGUAUUGAAGGACUCUAUUGCAGAUGUAUCGCAGAACACUAAAGACAUGCUGCUUAGUACACCAGCUGUCUGCAGCAUAGAAGCAGACCAGGAAGACAAUCUUGACUCACUGAAAUGGGAAGACGCUGUUCUCUCUCCUAACAAUCUUGACAGUCCAUAUUACUGUCCCAGUGAGGUUGAUGCUUUUAUAUUCUCUGAUUCAUCCAAUAAGUCUGAAGAUAAUAAUCAUCUGUUUACAUACAACAGUCAACAGUCAUUUCAAACUUCUGAGCUACCCUCUGCUACUCAUACUGCAUCAGUAUCCAAUGCACUUUCAUUAAAAGAGGAUGGUCAAACAAUGAAUAUCAGCAAAAAUGAGGACCUGCAUACUCAGGUUCAUCCCAAGCUUUCGUCCCCCUCCAUACCUACCUCAUCUAGGGCAUCGCCCUCCUGGAGCCCUGAACUUUUGUCUAGACAUAGUAAAGCCAACAGUCCCACAUCCACAGAGAUUCUUGCCAGUGACACAGCAGCACAUUCCCCUGAUCUGUCUACGCUGAGCUCACCAAGUAGCCUCCUCAUUUCUCAGUCUUCCUCUCCAAACUUUCCAGAGAGAACAGAGCAAAAGAGAAAUGAUGCAGGAUCUCUAGAAAGCCCUCCCAUCAGUCUUUGGGAGACAAGCAGCGAUGACGGCGAUGAAAAUGUGUUGGAUUAUGUGGAGUCAGAUCUUUCUGAAAACAACACAGAAGAUAGACAACAUAUCUGUCUGACUCAGUACAAAAAAUUGAAUCAGUGCAUGAGUGGAAUGGUUCCACACAUGGAUGACGAUGAGGAAGAUGAACACUAUGGUCCCGCUGAGCCUCUAUGCCGUCAGAGCCUUAGCUUGGUCUACAGCACCAUUGAGGAGAAUUACCCAGAAGGCACUCUUCAGCUGCUCUUUGACUUUAUUCAGCCUCGGUAUUACCCACCGGUGGAUAUUACAAGACAUCUGCUCAGGGGGAUACUCUUAAACCCACAAAGCCCUGAUGUUUUUGUUGUAGAGGCCUAUAACCUAUUGAUGAAGACUCAGAGGUGAGUGUAAUCACAGCUGUAGCUACUUGGCUGGAGUAUGAACAAUUUAAGUUUUCAUGAAAAAGUCAAGUGUAAAUCAGAAAUGUCGCUUGGUAAGUUGUGCAUGUGUGUAGAACUUACUAUUCAUGAUAACUUUUAUAAGUUGUUUGUUUUGUCUGAUAAGUACCACCCUGUGGAUGCUUCAACAGUCCCAUGGGAUUGGGAACUGAUGAAGUCAGUUAUGACGGAACAGGUAGACACAUAUUAAAAUAGCAUCAAGUGAUAUUAAAAAUAUAAUGAUGAAAUGCUUUUAUUUUUUCAACGUUCCAUGCUUUAUUAUCCCUGUCUUAAGGAUGACACUAGUAAGUUGCGGACGGAGGUCCAGUACCUGCUCCUGCAAUACGUGUUGCAGGUUUUAGAAGAUGAUUUUCAUUUUAAACUCAGGAGUCAGUGUCUUCAUCAGUCUGUUGCAAAGAAGAUGCUUUCAUGUGGCAAUGAAACAAUUGGGCAAGUCAAGGAUAUAAUAAGUUGGUUGAUGAAUGCUGCAAAGGAGUCCGUGAACCUCUCAAAAGAUGUGGAAUAUCCAAAGAAAGAGGACAACUAUCUUAAGAUUGUAUUAUCUCUUCAGAGGAUGUUAACAUUGGCCCUGGAGGUGGACAAGAACCCC